AUGGCCCAAGACAACCUUCAAAUUAUCUUGGCCGAGAGACCUCGCGGGGACAUCAUCCCUGGCCAAACCUUCAACCAAAAGGUAGCCAAGGCCCCUACGGCCGAAGACCUGAAGGAUGGCGAGAUCCUCAUUGAGAACAUCUACCUAGGCCUCGACCCCGCCAUGCGAGGAUGGUUGAACGAUAGGCGUUCCUACAUUCCCCCCGUCCCUAUCGGCGGUGUAAUGCGCGGCGCCACCGUCUCCCGCGUCCUCGCCUCCAAGAAUGACUCCGUCAAGCCGGGCGACAUCGUCCGCGCCAUGCCCGGCUGGCAAGAAUACGCCAUCGUCGGUCCCAACACCCCCGGUGGCUUCGAGGUGGCCACCGGCUCCUCUCACCUUCCCGACCACCUCUCGGUUCUUGGCCUCACGGGGUUGACUGCCUAUUUCGGCAUGCUCCGCAUCGGAGAACCCAAGCCCGGCGACCUCGUCGUAGUGAGCGGCGCUGCUGGCGCUACUGGUUCCGUGGCGGGCCAGAUUGCUAAGCUUAAGGGCGCGAGGGUCAUUGGUAUCGCUGGCGGUGAGGAUAAGGUCAAGUGGCUGGUUGAUGAGCUUGGUUUUGAUGCUGCUCUGAAUUACAAGGCACCCGAUUUUAAGGAGAAAUUUAAGGAGCUUACCAAAGAUCAUAUCGAUGUGUACUUUGACAAUGUCGGUGGAGAGAUUCUCGAUCUAGCACUCCUCCAGGCCAAGCCUUUUGCUAGGUUUGUAAUGUGCGGCAGCAUCAGCCAGUACAACACCACCGAUGUCCGGGGUCCCAAGAACAUAAUGAGCGUCAUCUCCAUGAGAAUCAAGAUGCAGGGUUUCAUCGUCUUCGAUUUCAUCAAGGAGUACGCCCAGGCCAGGCAAGAGCUCACCGAGUGGCUUGAUGCAGGCAAGAUUAAGAGGAAGGAGACCAUCAUCAAGGGUGGACUCAAGAACGCCGAGCAGGCGCUAGUAGGCCUGUUCAAGGGAAUCAAUACUGGGAAGUUGAUUGUCGAGAUUAAGAACCCCCAGGAGCCCCCCAAGCUGUGA